AUGCAAUACAAGAACAGCGGGUACCAGAACAGCUUCAUACAGGAAAAUGCAAUACAAGAACAGCGGAUACCAGAACAGCUUCAUAUAGGAACAUGCAAUACAAGAACAGCGGGUACCAGAACAGCUUCAUACAGGAACAUGCAAUACAACUGCGAACAUGGAACCUACGGCCAGGAUUGUGACUUGAAAUGCAGCGUCAAAUGUGAGAAUCAGACCUGUCACAGCAUCACAGGCAGGUGUUUGAGUUGUCCCCCUGGAUGGCGGGGAGACUACUGUGAGCAGGAAUGCGAAAAAGGAACCUACGGCCAGGAAUGUGCCUUCAACUGCAGCGUCAAAUGUGAGAAUCAGACCUGUGACAGCAUCACAGGCCGGUGUUUAUGUUGUCCGCCUGGAUGGCGGGGAGACUGCUGUGAGCAGGACUGCGAACAUGGAACCUACGGCCAGGAAUGUGCCUUCAACUGCAGCGUCAAAUGUGAGAAUCAGACCUGUGACAGCAUCACAGGCCGGUGUUUGAGUUGUCCCCCUGGAUGGCGGGGAGACUACUGUGAGCAGGACUGCGAACAUGGAACCUACGGCCAGGAAUGUGCCUUCAACUGCAGCGUCAAAUGUGAUAAUCAGACCUGUGACAGCAUCACAGGCCGGUGUUUGAGAUGUCCCCCUGGAUGGCGGGGAGACUACUGUGAGCAGGAGUGUAUCGACACAAUUUUCGGGCCCAACUGCAAACAACAAUGCGACCCUGAUUGUGUGCCCGAGUCUACUGAGAUCAAACGCCUGUGUGACGCCAUCUGCGGAGAUAGUGUUUUAAGAAGCAAGAUUCUAGCUGACCCAAAUGCCGAGGAAAACAAGGAUGAUACAUAUAUACUGUAUUUACUGAUUGUGCUGUCCGCAUUACUUAUUGCAAUCCUGGUCAUCUUUAUAUUCAUACGCAGUAUUUAUAUCCCACAGUCUAUACCAACUGUGUAUGAUGGUGAAAAAGUUGAGAAAAAGUACACGGCUGGUACCUAUGACCAUGCAUGCAUCCACGUCACACCGUGGCCCGAGAAAAAGCCUGUCAAUUUGCUCAGCCUCUCAUUUCUGGCGAAUGAAUACAGCUACUGGUCAAUGAAAGAUCAAAACAUUGAUUACUAUAGAGUGAAGACGGUGAAAACAGAAGUUUUUCUAGAUUAUACUAUUCGGACUUUGGAAAUCACAAAAGACGACAACCCACCACGUCGUGUGACCCACUUCCAGUACACGGCCUGGCCGGAAGACGGGUCUGACCCGUGUAUGUGGAGUUUGGUUGACUUUGAACACAAGGUCUUCAUAAACACACUGGAAACUAUCACACUGGUGCAUUCUGGGACGGAUACAACGAGAAGCUCCUUGUUUAUAGCACUACACGAUUUGAUCCGUCAAGCCAAGCUGAACCAAGCCGUGGACUUUGUCGACACGGUCUCCAGACUCAGACACGACAUGCCCAACACGGUUCAAACCUUUAAUCUGUUUAGUUUUGAGACACAACUUACUGGUGGUGUAGGGGACGUUACCCAAGAUCCAAAAAGUAAAAAUAGAUUCUUCAUUAUACCAGACAAAAAGUAUCAACCUCUUUUACGAGUGGAUUCCCCCGGAGAAGAGGGCUAUAUCAAUGCUGUCACAUUACCUAGCCUGUACACCCAGACCAAACAGUUUCUGACCCAGCUGCCCAUGCCCACUACGGUCAAUGAUUUCUGGAGACUGGUCACACAGUAUAACGUCUCCUUGAUUGUUGCUUUUAAAUCCUAUGAAAAGGACAAGUCCUUAGCUAUCUACUUACCCGAAGAACAAGGCCAGCCGUUACAAUGUGGGAACAUAGCUGUCAAUGUCGAGUCAGUAACAACAGCACCAACAUGGACAGAAAUGAAGCUUACCGUUAAGGGGAAACAAACGCAAGAAGUGACUCAUCUCACGUUUACAGAGCGUCAUAUCGAACCCAAAAAUCUCCUGCCGUUUGUUCAAUACGCGCGCACGUUGAGAACUCCGGAUAAGUCAGUAGUUUACACGUGCAGAAACGGUGCUGAACUGAGUGGACUGGCCUAUGUUGUGACAACUCUGAUGGGCAGACUGGACCAAGAGAACUAUUUGACCGUUCCUGUUGUUGUUGCUAAAGUCAAAUCCAUCAGACCGCACGCCAUUCCUACACUUCAACAGUAUAUACUUGUGUACGAGACAAUGAAACUCUACACUGAAGCAGUGAUCUCUACAGAGAGGCAUCGUGCAGAGUACAGCUCAACUGUCUGA